AUGUGUGACAUGGGGGGACUCGAUAACUUGGUGGCCAACACGGCCUACCUAAAAGCCCAAGGGGGCGAUGACAAGGAAAUGAAGAAACGUCGCCGAAGUCUCUCUUUACCCAAGCCAGAGCAAUGUGCCGCACUCCGCUCGAGUCUGGACAAGGACUUUGAUUCCCUCUGCGAUAAGCAGCCUAUUGGAAAGAAGUUGUUUCGCCAGUAUCUGGAUCAAGCAGCGCCAGAAUUCAAGAUCGCUGCAGAAUUUAUGGAUGAUCUAAACGACUGGGAACUGUCAGAGGCCGCCGCCAAAGACAAGGCCCGUACGAACAUCAUCAAUAAGUUCUGCAAAGAUGGCUCCAAGAGUUCCCUCACUUUCCUGACUGGAGAUGUAGCGACCAAGUGCAAAGCGGUUACUGACAAAGAUUUCGAGGAGGUGAUGGGACAGGUGAAGGAGGCCACCAAAGAGUUCCUAAAAGGCAAGCCGUUUACAGAUUACCAGACAAGCGAAUUAUUUGACAAGUUUUUGCAGUGGAAAGAGUACGAGAAACAGCCAAUCAGUGAUAAGUACUUUUAUGAAUUCAGGACACUUGGAAAGGGCGGAUUUGGAGAGGUGUGCGCAGUGCAGGUUAAGAACACCGGCCAGAUGUAUGCCUGCAAGAAGCUCUGCAAGAAGCGCCUCAAAAAGAAACAUGGCGAGAAAAUGGCCCUGCUAGAAAAGAAGAUCUUGGAGAAAGUCAACAGCCUGUUCAUUGUCAGCCUGGCCUAUGCUUACGACACCAAGACCCAUCUCUGUCUGGUCAUGAGCUUGAUGAAUGGAGGUGACCUCAAGUAUCAUAUCUAUAACAUUGGUGAGAAGGGUAUCGAGAUGGAGCGGAUCAUUUAUUAUACAGCUCAGAUUUCAACCGGGAUCCUCCACCUGCAUGCCAUGGACAUUGUGUACCGUGACAUGAAGCCAGAAAACGUGCUCUUAGAUAGCCAAGGCCAGUGCCGACUUUCAGAUCUCGGUCUCGCUGUGGAGAUCGCUGUUGGAAAGACAAUCACCCAGAAGGCUGGAACGGGUGCAUAUAUGGCCCCAGAAAUCCUCACCGAAACCCCAUACAGGACAUCAGUGGAUUGGUGGGCCCUUGGCUGCAGUAUCUAUGAAAUGGUAGCUGGAUACACCCCAUUCAAAGGUCCUGAAGCCAAAAAGGAGAAGGUGGAGAAGGAAGAGGUACAGAGGCGUAUCAUUAACGAGGAACCUAAGUUUGAGCACAAGAAUUUUGACGCCCCCACCAUAGACAUCAUCAAGCAGUUCCUCAAGAAGAAGAUUGAUGAACGUCUUGGCUGCAAGAAUGAUGAUCCCAGGAAGCACGAGUGGUUCAAGUCCAUCAACUUUGCUCGUUUGGAGGCCGGCCUUAUCGAUCCACCCUGGGUGCCCAAACCCAAUGUUGUCUAUGCAAAGGAUACAGGUGACAUUGCUGAGUUCUCUGAAAUCAAGGGUAUUGAGUUUGACGCAAAGGAUGAAAAGUUCUUCAAGGAGUUUAGCACAGGUGCUGUGUGCUUUGCCUGGCAAAAGGAGAUGAUUGACACUGGACUCUUUGACGAGCUCAGCGACCCCAACCGGAAAGAAUCAUCCGGUGGUUUAGAUGAUGAUAAGAAAUCAGGCACUUGCACGCUUCUGUGA